UUUUCUUUCUCUUCCGGUUGUCGUCCGUUCGUGUGGUAGAUACACCAGAGUCAAAAUGGCAAAGUCCAAAAACCACACAACCCACAACCAGUCUCGUAAAGCCCACAGGAAUGGCAUCAAGAAGCCCAGAUCUCAGCGUUAUGAGUCACUCAAGGGGGUGGACCCUAAGUUCCUGAGGAACAUGCGCUUUGCUAAGAAGCACAACAAGAAGGGCGCAAAGGCAGCAAUGAAGCAGGCAGCGCAGAAAUAAGCAUCCUGUCACCCCGUGUCUGUCAGUGUUUCAUAGACUGUGUUACCACCAUCACAAUAAAGCUAUGCUUUGUUAACAAACACA